UUUUGACAUCUCGUUUUUUCAAAUGUCACCAAUUUGUUCAUUGUGGUCUUUCUUUCGCACUGUGUAGAUUUUUCUCUGAAAAUUUUAUAACUUCUACGAAAAUCACCUGUAAAUUUAUAUUUCGAUUAAACGGAGCGUUAAUUAUACACUAUAGUUUAAAUUAGAAAUAUGCUAUAAAACUUAAAUAGCUGCAAGUGUUAUUGAUUGUGUAUUGCAAGCAAGCAAAAGCUUCAAUUUCGGUGUGUAAAUUGUUAAAAUGUCUUGGGUGCAAAGUAAUGUACCACCGCCUACGCUGCCACAGCAGCAGUCGCAACACUCGUAUACACAACAGCAGAAACAUCUAAUUCCACCGGUAGCUCAGCAGCAACAGCCACCGCUAAAUUUACAACAACAGCAACAGUAUUUAGCAACACAAACGCAUGCACAAGCAAACACCGUUGCUGCAACUAAUGCUUACACGAAUUCGGCACCACCCCUUGCAUCCAAUUUGGCUUCCACCACUGGCGCUUAUAUGAGCAAACCGAUAAACGUUAACAAUAACAUACAUCAGUCGCAACAGCAUAACUCUAUGCGCUCACAAAUGCAUGCCAACGGCGGUACACACCAACAACCGCAGCAGCCUGGCCACUUUGGCAUACAACAGCAGCAGCAGCCAUCAGCCGCAGCGAACGCCUGGCAGCAACAGACUUACGCGCCACCAAACAAAAUAAUGCAAUCGAAUGCUGUUGCCGCGAACAAUAAUUGGCCGCAACAACAACAACAGCAACAGCAGCCACAACAAAAUGCCAACAAUUUAUAUCCACAGUCGCAGCAACAACAAACAACUGCACCGCAUAACAUCUGGCAACCACCAGAUCUGCCAAGUGCGAAUAACGUGCCAACACAGCAGCAGCAGCAACAAGCAUAUCCACAUCCAACCACAUACGACAAUUAUUUCACAGCAAACCAAAAUCAAACGACACAGCAGCAACCAACAACAGCACAGCCAGCUGCACAAACGCCACAAUAUCAACAGCAGCCGCAACAAGUAGCGCCUGACGCGGCCAACUAUUUUCACUAUCAGCAGCAGCAGCUGCCGCAAAUGCCACAGCAGCAGCCGGCACAACAACCAGCCGCCGCUGAGCUGUUCGAUAAUAGCAAUGCGAACAACAGAAGCGAUGGUUGGGGCGACUGGGACUGGAAUGAUAAUGGCAAUGUGGUGGGCGGUGAAGUCGAGCAAACGCCAGCUGGGCAGCAGGCGCCACCCUCUACGCAAAUGCCCAUACAUAAACCGCCGCACAACGCACUUGAACCACAAUCAACGAAUUACAACGUGCCGAAUGUAAUCGAGGAGAGUUUUGGUGCACACUCUAACGACAAUUGGAGCUGGAAUAUUGGCGAUGAUGUUAAUGCGAAUGUGCACAACACAGGCGUCGACAACGAAGCAACAACGCUAACACCACAAGUGCCAACUACAAAUAAUCGUCAAGCGACACAAGUGCCGCGACAAGUUGCGAGCAGCGUUCAAGUGCCUCAGCAGAAAGCCGCUGAAUAUGCAGUGACUGACGCGAAUGAUGUGAGGGCUGCCGCGGUAGCAGCAGCAAAUGUGGGCAAGUCCGCCACACUAACACUCUCCGAAGCGACCAAUGAAAACUACAACACCACGGCGCCAACCCCCGCGCCGCCACCUAGUGCUGCACCCCUACCCGCAGUUGGUGUUGCACCAACCAGCAUUCCAAACUCCGUUUAUGUGUCACAAGCAAAACCGGUUUCGCGACCUUCACGUCAAUAUGCUUCGCCACCUGGCGUUGCCAGCCCUACCAAUGAGCCAUUGGAAAACGCUUUAACACCGCCGCAGGCAUUCCAAAAUGAGGUAGGCGCAAUACAGUCCGAAGCUAUGCCGCCCGCAGCACCACCUGUCGGCGUCGCCACUAUCGGUCUACCACAGCACACUCCACCACCGCCUGCUUUGUCACCGCCAAGUAAUUUGCCGCCACCACCCGGCGCUACCGCCGCUGCGGGUAAUCCUUUCAAACGCGCAGUUGCGGCGCAGCAUCAUCGCGCUGUCAAUAUCGCAGCGCCACCUACAGCCACGCAGUCGAUUACAGCUGCCGCCGUAGCUAACGCCUUUGCUGUGCCACCGCCGCCUGCAGAUUUUGCCAAUCCACUACUCAAUCAUUUGGAACCAGAUAAUUCGGAAAUCUUACAUGAAAAUCAAGAAGUGUUGGGCACGACUUUACCAACACCGCCAACAUCGUUGUUGCUUCCUAACACACAAACUAUUACUUUGCCUGGUGCGUCAGCAGCAGCGGCACAGGCACAACUACCGCCGCCGCCUAAUGAUGAGCGCAAUCAGUACUUGCAGACGAGUCCACUUUCGGAGAAUCCCGAUGAGGAGUUAAAUUUGGAGGCCGAUAGUCUACCGCCGCCCGGUCUGUCGCGGCUCGUGUUAGGACAGCCUGAGCUGCUGGAAGCUACACAGCGCAUGGUAACCGGUACGGAGGAGCCGGCCAAUAUGCAUAUGGACGAACGGCACGCCGACGGUGAGGACACAUCUUUGGAGCAGUUGCCAGCAGUACCGCUGCUGAAUGCAUCGCAGCGUGCGCCCAAUUUGGCAGCAACUAAUACGCCAAACAACAAUGGCACCACCAUAGAUAUAACAACAGACCGCAAUUUGUACUUGGUACCUGGUGAGAGCAAUAUAAGCAACGAGCAACGCGUUGUUACCGGUGUCGAACGCUCGCCGGAAAGUAAUGCGCCGGCACCACCGCCACAAAUCGCUAGUGGUCAACGUGAGAUCGAGCUGGACGGCGAGAAUUUAGAGGACCAACAACAGGAGCAACAGCACCAGCAACAACAACAGUUGCAACAACCACCGCUACUCACGGUGAACAGUCGCGAUGAGCCGCCUUUAGAGGGCGCUGCCGCUAGCAACGAUCCUUCACCGCCAAUAGUUGAUGAGAGUCAGGACGUACAUCAUCAUCACCAUGUGCAACAUCACCAUCAUCAUCAUCAUUCGUCUAAAUCAAAGGAGCUAUCCAAUGCCUCGACGGGUAAUGAUGAAAGUGAUCCGUUGCCAGAGCAUCAUCAUCAUCGUCACACCGCACGUUACACUGGCGCUGGCAGCAACAAGUCGCGCAAACAUUCAACCAGCGAGUUGGAGCGCAAAGUGCCCGAUCGUCAACAGCGCCGCGAUAAACAACGUAGCUCCGCCGAUCGCUUUGAGAGCGAUGAUCUCGAGGGUUCUGAGCCCUACUCAAGUGACCGUGAGCGCGAACGCGAGCGUGACCGUCGCCGCGGCUACCGUGAGGGUAGUGUGCGCAGUGAUCGCGAACGUGAAGACCACGACUAUGUCAAGGAUAAAAGGCGUCGCGCUGGCGAACGUGCUGAUAAACGCGAUGAACGUGAUAAGUUACGCGAUAAGUAUUAUACACGUGAUAACGGCAAAUCGGAUACAUUGCGUCGCAGUGGUCGUCACAAUCGUCAAUAUGAGGACGAUGUGGAAGAUGUGAGCGGACGACGUAAAGAGCAAUCGCGUCGCAGCGGUGCGCGUCAUCACAAUGAUGAACGUGCCGGACGCAGCGACCGUAGCGAACGCGACUACGACGACUAUAAUCGUCGUCCACGUGGCGCGCCUAAACGCACCGACAAAAUCCAUGACGAUGGACGCGAUGGACGCCGCAGCAACUAUGUGGAUGAUGAGCGUCGUGAGCAGCGGCGCACACGUCGCGAUCGUGGCAGUGAUUACGAUACAAUUGAGCGUCGUCAUCGCGGCGCCGGUGGUGACAAAUCAAUGCGUGGCGAACGCACCGAUUUGCGCGAAUACGAAGAGUAUCGCAAGCAAAGCUCGCGCAAUGCACGUGAGAGUGAUUUGGAGAAAGAGCGCGCACGCUACGAUCCACGUCAUGCCGCCAUGUAUGGCUAUCCGUCAGGCGCGUAUGGUUACGAUCCCUACACUUCGUAUUACUAUGAGCAAAUGGCGCGCACCAAUCCUCAGGCAUACUCGGAGUGGUAUAAGAAAUAUUAUGGACAUGCAGUCGCUACAACCGCAUCAAGUUUGAGCGCACAUGCCGCUGCAGGUGGAGAUCACGCCAGCUUGAAUAGCAGCUCGUUGGCGGCUGCCACGGCCGAUGGGCGUGAGUCGGUGCACUCGGGACGCAGUUCGGUGCAAAACGAAAAUGAUCGGUAUACACAUGCAUACAUUUCACAAGCCAAUGAAUACCAUCGUCAUUUGCAACAGCGACAACUGCAUUCGCAACAACAACAACAACAGCAACAUCAUAUGAUUUAUAGUAAACAGCAUACAAAUAUGUCACUCAACUCUACAACGUUAGACGACGGUACGGGCCACAUGUAUGGAGCCGUUGGCGAGGCGUUACGCGCCGCGCGCUCCACAAGCAAUCUGUCGCAAAUUGGCAGCGGCAUUAGUGCCAUAACGGGCGGCGUCGUCGGUGGCGGUAGUUUAACAGCAUACUACGCUGGUGUUGGCGGUGUUGGCGCGGCCUAUUAUGCGCGUUCCGAUUACGCGGAGUCCAGAUCGGGUCAUUUGUCAUUACGCGAUGCCGAAGUCAUCGCCGAACCCGAUCCACAACGACUCACACCACGUAAAUUCGUUAAUGAGCACUCAAUCGUUUCGCUGUCGGCCGGCAUACUCGUUACCGUUAAACCGAAGUACACUUCACAUGGCGCCAUUAGUAAUAUUGUGAAGUUGCAGCGCUUAGGUGUCAACGAUGCAACGCGUCAACUCUUCCAGGCCUAUCCAGGUCCGUUGGUGCGUGGUCUCACACACAAGAAGACAAUUAUUGAAUUCUGCGAAGAGCAAAUACGUUUGGGUCCCAUGGAGACCACCAUCUACGCCAAGCAGCUGUUGUCCAAUAAUAUUGAGAAAUAUCGUGGCUCCUAUACGUUGAUGUGGAACCUGCUGAUUUUGUUGUUGCGUCAAAAUGGCAUGGUCGUUGGCACGGAUAUUGCCGAAUUACUUUUAAAAAAUCAACAACAAUUCCCCUAUCAAAUAGAGCACACCGACGGUGGCGACUCAUCAGCUUUGAGUGGGGAUGAGGAAGAUGAACAGCUGGCGCCAGCCACUGAUCCUGCUGUCGCCGUACAUAAUGAUAUCGAACGUGACUCGGGUAACGAAGCUGAAGCCGUCAAUAACACGUCCAAGCAAGCCGCCAAAUCAACUACAACCAUCAGCAAUACACCAGUGCUCACCGAUGAUGAGAUAACCGAAAAGUUCCGUAACUAUUUGCUGUAUGGCAAUGUGAAUGAGGCGCUCGACUGGGCCACCGAUAACAAUUUGUGGGGUCAUGCGCUCUUCCUAGCCUCCAAAGUGGAUCGUCGUUCACACGCCAAUGUCAUGAUGAAGUUCGCGAACAAGCUGUCGCUUAACGAUCCACUACAGACCCUAUACCAGCUGAUGAGCGGCCGUCAACCGUCUAGUGUGACUAGUGUGCAGGAUGAGAAAUGGGGUGAUUGGCGUCCACAUCUUUCGAUGAUACUUUCAAAUACGUCACAAAAGCCCGAAUUAGAUCGCAAAUCGAUUACAACGCUUGGUGAUUCGUUGCUCAAUCGUGGUGACUUAUUCGCGGCGCACUUCUGCUAUCUAAUGGCGCAAGUGGGUUUCGGGUGCUACCAAGAGAGUGCCACACAGGAGACCACCUUGCAACAGCAUUUGCCAAAACUUGUUUUGCUUGGCUCAUCGCAUUAUAAAUUCUUCAACGACUUCGCCGCCAACGAAGCCAUCAUGAUGACCGAGAUAUAUGAGUAUGCCUGCUCAUUGAAUGAUGAUAAAUUCUCGCUAGUCGAGUUUCAGCCUUAUAAAUAUUUGCUGGCCACACGCCUGCUAGAUUAUGGCUAUAAUUUACGUUGUCUAAUGUAUUUUGAACAAAUAGCUUUGCAUAUACAACGCGAUCCGAACAAAUACGAGCCAAGCUUCAUUAAUAAGAUCUACGAAUUCGCCGAUCGUCUUAAAUACUACGACCCAGUGUUGGAACGCUCCUUGGACGAUCAACAACCCCAUGCUGACGGUGGUUUGAAUAAUCAGUUACCGAACUUCGAGGAGCAAAAGUGGUUGCAAGACUUGCGCGCCCUUGCAGUGCAACAUAAGGACGAAUAUACUAGCUCUGCUACAGCAGUGCAUGGACAAAUUGCCGAUGCACAGAGUCAAAUCGAUCAACAAUUUGUCGAGAUAAACAAACAAUUUAAUGAGCUGAAUUUGCAAUAUCAAGUUCCCGGCAAUGCCGAACAGGCGCCUACCUUUUAUAAUCCAGACGCAAUGCAGCAGCAGCAACAACAACAAAACGAUAUUGCUGCUGAACAAUACAAUCAACAACAACAGCAACAAAUAGUAUUGUCUGGCGACUAUAAUAGUCAGCAACCGAGCGUAGUUCCACAAGCUCCAAACCACUCAGCUGCUGUUGUACAAGAUGCUAACGAUGCAUCAUAUGCAUAUUACAAACAGCAGCAACAGGAUAUGCAGCCAAUAGAUACACAGCAACGGCAACAACAACAACAGGAACCUCACUCAAUUCCGUACUAUGAUCCCACACAACAACAGCAACCUUAUCAAGGUUAUGGUGCAGAAGCUGUGGAUGCGCAACAUAAUGCUGCAACUUAUGAUUACUGGGCACAACAAAAUCAACAGCAACAGCAACCACAACAUGUCGGUUAUGGCGACGAGCACGCCACAAAUGAUGAUGAGCGCGUUGUUGGAAUAACAAAAAAAACAUUGAAAAAUGCAACAAAAAACGUCGAAGCCUACUUGAAUAACGAUGAUAUGCUGGCAUUGAAGCAAAUGCCACUUAAAGCAAAGUCACAAACAACUACAGCGUAUAAAACUGCUUUGGAGAGUAUACGAAAACUACAACAACAAGACAAACCAGUGGAAAUCACCGCUGCAGCAGCCAAAUUAUAUAAUAGUUAUGAUGGGCCACAAACGCGUGUCGCCAAAAAGUCAAAUACCAAUCACAACAACAACAACAAUGAGAAGCAACAACAACACGCAGCUAAUUUGACCACAUCGUUUCUCAGUGCGCCGCCAGAUAAUGCGCGGCCCACCAUAUCCUUGCCGAAAUCGAAAAUUUAUGAUUCGGGAGAUGAAAAGCAGCAGGCGCAACAAAAAUCUAACGAUGCCGGCAAUAAAUUGAGUGAGCAGAAGGGCGGUAAAAAUGAUGCUGGCAGGGAGACGCAGAAGAGCUCUCAGCAAGGCAAUCAAAACUCCGGCUGGUUCGGCGGCAUUUGGAACAAGCUUUCACUCAAGCCCAAAAAUCAAAUGAUAUUGCCUGAUGACAAGAAUCCCAGUAUCGUUUGGGAUCCGGAGAAGAAAAAAUGGGUAAAUACAGAUGGUGACGAAGCGGCCGAAGAAAGCUUCAAGCCGCCACCAAAGAUGAGCGAUAUAAUGGCACAAGCGCCACCAGCAAUGGGUGCGUUCAAUGUGCCACCUGCGUCUCAGCCGUAUUCACAACCACAACAACAGCAACUGCAACCUCAGCUACCACAGCAACAGCCCUCACCAUUGCUCGACACGCAACAAUAUGCUGCUCCCACACAAUCAGCAGCCCCUGCCGCCUCCCUAGCACCCGUCUCUGGCUACAGUGCACAUGCGGUGACCAGCGCCGAAGCGGCAGGUGCAACUAAAACACCCAGUUUGCAGUCAAAUAUGUUCAAAAUGCAACGCAAUCGAACCUUGAAGAAUUCCUACGUCGAUGUGUUCAAUCCCUCAGGUGCCCCUAUGAAGGCGGUGGAAAAUGUGCUGGCUCCGGCCUUGCCACCGGCUGCAGUGCCGCAAAGUGGCUUCUUUAUACCAGGUCCAGCGCCAGUUGCCGCUACGGGCGAUAAUAAUGAUGCUGGCGCAUAUCAGCAGCAGCAACAACAACAAAUGCCGCAACAAGAUGUGCCACAAUUCUACAAUCCAAAUCAAUUUAGCGGUGGUGCUUAUUAGAUAAGACAGUCAAACCUUCAUUCACAUACACAUGUACACAUACAAACUAAAUAACAGUGGGAAUAAAAUAGUCAUACUCUUAUACAGAUAAUUAAAUAGUUAAAUUUUAAUAAAAAAGUUAUUCAAUUGCAAAAAAAUAGUAAAAUCAAUAGUAUUAUACAAAAACAACAACAAAAUUAGAAAACGACAUAAAUCAAUAGGGAAAUGUAUAGACUGCUUGGCGUGAGGCACGUGCGAUCAGUCUGAAGCUGUGUGUGUAGCAGUAGCGUUGUAGUACAUUAGGCAAACGUAAUAAUGACGAAAAUGAAUUUCAAUAAAAAAAUUAUAAUAAAUGUAUGUGUUUGAAAACAACUGUAAAUCUUAAGAUAAAACAAACGUAACGGGAAACUGGUAAUUUGUCUUAAAUUAAAUAAAUAUAUAAAUAAAUAAAAAAAAAUAUAUAUGUAUAUGUCUGUAGCUGUAGCUGUAAAUUACAAAGUAAAAGUCUUAACUAGAACAUGGAAUGCAAACGACGAAUACUGUACUGCUGCUUGUAAUCAUUUGUAAUUAAUUAAAAGUAAAAUAUUAAAAUUAAAUAAAAAUAUCCGAAAAUAAAAAAACUUGAGGAAAAGCAAAAAAAAAACACAAUUCAAUUGCUUAAGCUACAAACACAUAUAUACAUACAAACAUACAGACAUAUAUACAUAUAAAAAUAAAUAAAUGUUUACUUGCAAUUUAUGUGUUUAUGUUUAAAUUACCUUUUUAAAUUUAUAUAAUUAAAAAUGAUCUAAAUAUGCUUAUCACUACUAUUAUUAUUAUUAUGAUAAUUAUUAAUCUAAAUAUAAUUAUACAUAUAUAUUAAUAUGUUUAUUAUGAAUAUUGUAAUUGUUUGUGAACAGCAUUGCUUAAAGAAAUUGUUAAAUAGUUUUAGUUCUUAAAGACAAAACAAAUACAAAAAAGGCGAAACGAUAACUAAAUAAAACCUAUAAAUAACUGCUACAACAACAAAAA